AAAAUUCAGUAGAUUCCGAGCUCUUGAGGGGGACGGUUGUGCGCCGCUUGCUCUCCGUUCUGCCCCCGUGUUGUAGCUGCUGUGAGGACCUGUUGUGGUGUGUGUGGUGUGGUGUGGUGGUGUGCGGUGGUGAUGUUUCCCGUGCGGCACCAUAGCGGCAACACCAUGAAGUCUUUAGUGGUGUUUACUGUCUUUUUUCAUUAUGUGGCUGGCGUGUGUUACUUCCCAGUCGAAUACCAAGGAAUCUUCGCCACCCAGUCCAGUGUUUCGAGUCUUUCCCAGGGCACCAUGCACCAGUACUCCCAGGUAACCAUCCUACCUGACGCAAUACCUGUAUGGGGCGUCUGUCACACGAAAUUCGAGAACAACGUGAUUUUGCGAGAUUCCACGGGCGGCGAGGACUGUUACAGGUGUUUCCACGUGUCCCUCCACUCCGGCAACGUAAUUCAGAUCUACACAGAGGGUCUGAACAAGUGUUACUCUUCAGAAACAGCUGCUCUACUCACUUGUCCUACCUUGCACGCCAUCAAGACCAGAAGAGUGAGCGAAAUUAUGUUGUAUAAGUCUCGCAGCUUCACCCAAGACGGCCUCAUAGACAGAGUGUUUUGUCCCAUCAACGGCAGGUUCCACUUCACUUACGAUGUUAACGACGGCACGGAGAGCUCUGUAGAGUGCCCCGAGCCUUCCUCAGAGCUCUCCAACUGUCCUCGUGGCUCUGAAUUGCAGCUCAGGUUCCGUCGGUGUUCCUUCGGGGAGCUUAACAUGAGUCUGCGGUGCCUCGGUGACUGGCGGGGGCACGACGGACAGCGGUACUUGGCUUUGUGGGACCCGGCAGUCACCACACACAACCAGCCCCGCUACCGCUGUGCUAUGUACUCAGUCGACCCUGCCACGCAAAAAGUCUACCUGAGCUUCAGUAUAGACGCCACGUGCACGAACCACCUGCACGGCCCCUGGGAUGGGUACGAGACAAUGGAGCUCUUCCCCCUCACGCCCCCCUCCCCGCCCUCCGUCGUUCUUACCACCGCCUGCGACUUCCCACGCUGGACUGAAGGGGCGUGGCAGCAUCUUCUGAUUGACGCGAGGGAGCUGUGGGUGCAAGACGACGAGGAGGAUAAGAAAUACAAGACACUCUGCCUCUCCCAACACGCCCCUCAUGGUGAAAGAUUCGCCCUCUACUCCACAAACCAAUGUGGCGAGGAUGAGUUUACCUGCAUUUGGAUCAAGAAAAGAGCAGUUAAUGUGAUUGAGUACCAGAUGGGUGUCAGUCCCUCCAAAGUGUACAACGCCUCCAGAAUUUGUUCAGACGACGUGUUUCGGGGUCAGACGUGGAAGACGCAAGGCAGACUGUCCCCGGAGAAUCUGUCAGGGUGUCCCAUCACGGGGGAGUACACAGGGGUCAUCCCAGACGCCACUGAGCUGUGUGCGCGCCUCUCCUCAGACUGCAGCGACCCCCAGCACAUGCACUACACCGUCUCCUCCUGCAGGAACGCCACGGAGGUGUAUGAAGGUGCCGCGGACCGGGGCGGCGCCCCCCUGGUCAGGCCACAGCGCCACGCCACGCUGUCCCGCGGCGUGCGGCAUGCCCUGCGUCACAGCUCCCGCCAGCUGUCGUGGGCACGCCUGCGCGCCCUGGAGUUGGGGUGGUCGCCCGACCAGCAGUACACGACCAUCGGCGGCAAGCCUCGCCGGCGGGAGCGGCCGCCCCCAGGCAGGUGUACGUGUUCCCCGAUGCUGCCCCGCCCCGCGCCGCGGCGGCACUUGCCCAAACCCAGGACCAGGACACGCCCGCGCCUUCUCUCGACCCCGCCACCACGCGCCUGCCCUACGCCCACGAGGGACCCUUCUAUGUGCGCGUGGAGGCCCCGCCGCAGCCUGCAGGGGCCCAGGACGCCGCCACCAUUGCGGAAGAGCGGGACUACAGGUGUCUGGGGCAGUGGUCAGAGGGUGGAGUCAUGUACACCUUCACUCACCGCCGCGACGUGGACACCUAUGAGUGUUUCGCAGGUGUGGUGGUGAACCCGAAUGAAAUCUUUAUCAUCGAGGCGGGAACUAGUUGCCAGAGAGGCCUGCAACCCCUGGCACAUGGCAUGAAGCUGGUCCGGCAAGCCACGUGUAGUGAGAUUCAGGCACGGAUGACCAGCACCCCGCCUCCUGAAGACCCCUCCUCGCGCCCCUCCUGGUGGCCACCGACUACCAAGAACCCCUGGGUGAAAAAAAACAAACAGACGCCGCUGCCAGAGUGGAACAAUGAAAUUCCAAGAGCUGCGCAUUCCAGCGGGAGCGACGCCCCCCACUCCCUCGUGACGUCACUGCUGGCCGCUCCCCUCCUCAUCCUCCUAUUGGCUGCGUCGUGAUCGUAAUUCCCAGCCAAUCACAUCACGGGGGCGGUUGUUACGUCAUCAGAAGUCAGCCAAUCAGCAUUUAUCUCCAUUACGUCAUCAAUUCUCACAGCCAAUCAGCGUUCGUCUAGUUCAUUACGUCAUUAUUCAUCCACCAAUCACCUCACAGAUAAUUCAUGAGGCAUUUGUCUUUCAUUUGUGUAAUUAUGGAAUGGAAUUAAUUUGUGUGUUUUGUGUUUGUGCGUGUGUUCGUGUGUUAUUUUGGUAAUUAAUGUAGAAAUGUAGGAAAUACGUGUGUUUUUGUAGAUUUGGUGUGUGUGUGUGUGUGUGUGUGUGUGUGUGUGUGUGUGUGUGUGUGUGUGUGUGUGUGUGUGUUCAGUUAUACGUUGAUCUUUUUUUUAUUCCUAUACAUAUUCAAAUUGUUUCAAAAUACUUCAUAACUUUUCCUACUCUUUUCUUCUUUUAUUUCCUUUAAGACAAAAUAGUGAGGCAUUAUUAUUAUUAUCAGUAUUUGUAUAUUCAUUUCACUAUUUUCUCUCUCCUUUUAUUAUUAUUUUCCUUUUAAUUUAUUUUUUUUACUCUGAUUCUCUCUAGUCACCCGUUUCGUGGUAAGAGAGAGAGAGAGAGAGAGAGAGAGAGAGAGAGAGAGAGAGAGAGAGAGAGAGAGAGAGAGAGAAUUUCCUAUCUACCUGUUACCUGUAUUCAUUGUCAGUAUUGUUCCCUAACCCCCUUCCCUAUUUUCCCUCCUCCCCUUCUCUUCUCCCCAUUUCCUUUACCUUCUUCUCUUUCCUUCUCAUGAUUUUCUCUCCCUUUUUAAAAUUUCCCAUUUCCCUUAUUGUUCUCUUUUUUCCUGUCUUUUCUUUCGCUGUCUUAAGUAUUUUCAUCUCUAUUCCUUUUUUCCUCUUUUCAUCUUUCUUUUACUUUCCUUCCAUUUCUUUAUUCGUUACAUUUUCCUGUUCAUUCCUUCACGCUUGUUUCUCUUUUCUUUACUUCUCAUUUUAGCUUCCUUCUUUCACCUCUUCGUAUCUACAUUCUCGUUCUGCUUACUCCUUUGUUUCUUUCUUUUUUUCCAUUCUUCUUUUCUUUUUUUUUUUUUUCUCCUCCCCUUUCACAUUUCCUCCCCUUCCAACUUGACUCACUGGCAAAAUUCUAGUCACCGUAUCUCCGUGCCAGUGUUCGUAUCCCGUAUCCCCCAGCCAGUUGUCAUGUAUAUAAUAAUAAUAAUAAUAAUAAUAAUAAUAAUAAUAAUAAUAAUAAUAAUAAUAAUAAUGAUAAUGACUCGGUUGGGUUGUUAUUAUGUUCAAUGUUGUGAGUUUGCAGAGAGAGAGAGAGAGAGAGAGAGAGAGUGCGUGCGUGUGUGUGUGUGUGUGUGUGUGUGUGUCUGCGUAUUUAUCAGUCAGUGGCUAUUUACCAUACAUAUGUUAACCUGUAUAUCCAUUACUGAAUAACUAUACAUAUCGACCAUAGGCAUGAAGAAACAUGUAUAUAUACUGUAUAAAGAUGUAUACUGUAAGUGUAUAAUGUAUUAAUAUCUAUAAUUCCAAGUAUAUUUUAUCUUUCACCGAUGUAUUUUGUAUCAUAUUUAUUUUCCCUCUGUAUUCGUGUUUGUAAUGUGAUUCCGUGUGAUGAAGGAAGGAAAAUUAAAUAAAGUGAUGGACAUUGA